AUGAGCUUCAAAAAUGACAACAUUCGCAUAGCUGGCAAAUACAGACUCGGUGGGAAAAUAGGUAGUGGCUCAUUCGGUGAAAUUUAUCUUGGUACCAAUGUUCAAACAAACGAAGAGGUAGCGAUUAAGCUUGAGCGUGCUGAUUCACGUCACCCUCAACUUCUUUAUGAAUCUAAACUAUAUCGCCUCUUACAAGGUGGUGUAGGGAUCCCAAACAUUCAUUGAUUUGGAGUAGAAGGUGAAUAUAACAUAAUGGUCUUAGAUCUACUCGGCCCUUCUCUAGAAGAUUUAUUUUCAAUGUGCAACCGUAGGUUUUCUUUAAAAACUGUUUUAAUGUUAGCAGAUCAGAUGGUUUCUCGAGUCGAAUUUUUCCAUGCUAAGAAUUUUUUGCAUAGAGACAUUAAGCCUGAUAACUUCCUAAUCGGACUUGGCAAAAGAGCAAACCAGAUUUUUAUCAUAGACUUUGGCUUAGCUAAGAAAUAUCGAGACCCAAAAACUCAGCAGCAUAUCCCAUAUAGAGAAGGCAAAAGUUUAACUGGCACUGCCAGAUAUGCAGCUGUUAACACCCAUCUCGGAAUUGAGCAGUCCCGCAGAGAUGAUAUCGAAGGACUUGGCUUUGUUUUUAUGUAUUUUCUAAGAGGAAGCCUGCCAUGGAUGGGUAUCCGAGCUCAUUCAAAAAAAGAAAAGUAUGACUUAAUAAUGCAAAGAAAGCUCGACACUAGAACUGAAGUUUUAUGCCAAGGAUUUCCUCAGGAAUUUACAACUUACAUGAAUUAUGCUAGAGGGCUCAGGUUUGAAGAAAGGCCUGACUAUGCUUACUUGAAGAGAAUGUUUAAGGACUUAUUUUUCAGAGAAAAUUAUCAAUAUGAUUUUAUUUAUGAUUGGACAAUUUUGAAUUUUGUAAAAAAUAUUUAGAAUAAAAACAGCAGAAAUGAAGAAAGAGCAAAAGCUGAAGAAGAGAAAGCACCUCAGCAGCAGCAAAUUGAAGAGCUUAGACCUCAGCAAAGGCGAAAUGUGUAA